AUGACCGAGAAUUCCGCUAUAAAGCGGCGUAAAGUGUACUUAGACAAGGAUGGCUACUUCGACGUGCCGACCUCUACUUGGUAUAGGCAUGAAAAGGCGCACACCGCCGCCGUCGCAUCGGCAACCUCACGGGCACCAUCUACGAGCGUCGGCAUCAGUGUGCAGUCGGGAAGCGCGACAGAGGCUUCGCCUAACACAUCGCCAUGUGGGUCAAAUGACGGAUACAACAACGCAGUUUCUUCGGACCACGACGGCAGCGACAACUUCAUAUUCGACACUGAUGACGAACCCGACGAGAGGAACAGCUCAAGUGCAAGUGGCACUUCCGAAAAUUGGGACAGCUCUGACGGGCUCAGGUUUGGUAAAAAGCAUCCAGAGAUGCAACUGUUCCUUGAGGGGUUCGUGAAUGAAGUAAACUGCACAGGGGCAGUGAAGUGGGCUCACAAAGGAGACGUUCAUGUGUCAAAGCCUCAUGAGAGCACCGAGAAGUGGAACAAAGAACUUCAGACCGUGUCAAGAGUGAGAUCAAGCAGGUUUAGAGACACCAUCAAUGGCUUAAAGGGGCCGUCAGCCUUGAUGAACUUGAAAGGUCUGGACCUUGUGAACGGCUACAGCGUUGAGUACAUGCACUGUGUCCUACAAGGUGUUGCAAAGCAGCUGACAGAAACCAUCCUGUCAAGUUCAAAUUCUGAUGAGCGCUUCUAUUCAGGUGCACCAACAGCCCUUUCCAAAAUAGAUGCACGGCUGUUGUCCAUCAAGCCACCUCACUGCAUUACAAGGCUGCCACGGUCUGUUCAAAAAAGAAGCCAUUGGAAGGCAUCUGAAUGGAGAAACUGGCUCCUUUUCUAUGCUCUGCCUUGCCUUAAUGACAUUCUGCAUCAUGAGUACUGGAGGCACCUUUCCAAGCUUUGUGAGGGUAUAUAUAUCCUCCUUCAAGAGGAACUCACCAUUCUUGAAAUUGACAAAGCUGAGUCUCUUCUCAAGAACUUUGUGUCAAGGUGUGAAGCAUUAUAUGGUGUGGCAUUCAUGACAUAUAAUGUCCACGCACUCCUCCACCUUAGAAACUGUGCCCGUUCCCUUGGGCCCCUUUGGGCACAUUCUGCCUUCGUGUUUGAAGGGGGAAAUGGCACCAUUGUGCGGAAGAUUUCCGCAGCAAAGGGCCUUCCGGACCAAAUUGUAGAACGAGUCGUCAUGUCUCAGCAGCUGCAGCGUCUACUUGGAAGUCCACUUCUAGCUUCUGAAGAAAAAAGGUUGUGCAAUGGCUUUCUUGGAUAUUCACCUGUGAAAAACUUUUUGUGUGUAGAUGGCUUAUCACUGUUGGGCACAGGUAAGAAGACAGUGCUCAGUGCUGAAGAGCAGGAUGCACUGUAUAGUCGGUGUGGAGUGGCUGUGUCCGAUGCUGUGGAAUAUGAGCGAUUUGUGCAAAAGCAAGUUUUCCACAGCACUGGAUUCAGAAGACCUUCAAAAUCUGAUACGACCUUUGUGCGGACAUAUGCUGGGUGCUAUGCACGAAUUGAGAAAAAACUUGUGCUUCAGGAGACAGGCUGCUGCUAUGUUAUCUGCAGACCAGUAAUUAUAGCAGAUGUUCGUGCCAUUCCUCCUCACAUAAAGGAGUGUUUCCUUUCGUGUGAUGGAACGCGCGACGUGAUCUUGCCUGAUGAAAUUGUUGACAGUUGUUUGUGUAUAGAUUUUGUGCAAGAAGAUAAGAUGUUCAUUUGUGACCUGCCGAACAAGAUUGAAAGGGAUUGAAGAGACACUAAAGAGAAAAAUGAGUUUAGCUGUAUUAGUAAUUAACCGUUCCUCAUUACCAAAAACAAAGUGUCUAAAGCUACUGUGGAAUGGAAGAUCCAUAAGGAAAACACUCUACAGCAACUGCAUUCCACGAAUCUCCUUGCUGCUUUCAGAAUACUAGGGUUCAAACAUGUAGCGAGCUGCUUAUCACACAUGUAUACCAACCCGUCAUCACACAAGUGAAGUGGUAUCCUGC